ACAGGUGUGAUGAGGAGCUCCAUAGGGGAAACGAAGCUAACAUUUUAACCAUAGGAGCAGAAGUUUCUUUGACCUCCUGAAUAGGUGUCACGGCAUUUCCUGGUUAGGGGUAAUGCCCCACUCUCACCCCGGGGACGGGAACCGUCACCAGAGACCGCUAAAUUUCGGAGAUGUCGUACUAGGUGACGGGGAGGUGGAGUGCAAUCUCUCCUGCGACCUGGGAUUUAAUAAGCAUUGAUCGCGGCUUCCUCGAAGGAAACUCAACCUCCUGCGAGUGCUCUCUGAGAGUAUCACAGCUCGAGCAACUUCUGGGAUGCCAACACAUCGCGGCGAAGCAACCGGGGCUCGGGUGGGGGAAGGGCUGGAAUGGAAAGAAGAGACGCAGAGGAUGAAGGGAAGAAGGCGAAAGAGGAAACGGAUUCUGGUACUGGGGAUCUGCCACAGACUUAAUGAAACCUCUCCGAAGUUCCUCUAUUCAGAAGUAUCUUUCAAGGCAUAGAGUGCAGAUCUUCUUUACCACCAUCCCUUCCCCUUCCUGGCUCCCUUCAAGUCUCAUCUCAAGGACCACUUUCUCCAUGAAGCCCUGUCUUCCUUUGCCAUGUAUUCUGUAUAUACUUCUCUUCAUCUAGAAAUGGAUUCCCCCAGGAGAGGCAGCUCCUUGAGGGCAGGGAUCGUCCUGGAGAGAGCCAAAGGAAGAGCAGUAGGGCCGAGUCCUUGGGGAUGGAGCUUGUUUUCCAUGCCAUGGAUGUGUUCUCACAAAUGCCAACCCAUCGUCACUCAGAGGGUACGGAUUCUGGCCUGGCUGAAGCAGCAAGGUACCGUGAGCCCGAUGCCACAUGUGCCAGGCAAGUCAAACCAUUGUCAGCGCCUCUUGACCUCUUCCCUCCCUUCAAGACUGUUGGAAAUAGCCCAGCACCCCGAGCCCAAGGACUGUGGGGGCAACAGCGUCCCCCAGACCAGCAGAUCUGCUUCAAGCCCAGGCCACAUGGCCAUCAUGGAAGGAAGACCCUUGUGAAGACGGGCCGCCUUUCUCAUCACCACCAGCAACAAACUAGCAUUUAUUUUUACCAAGUACAUGUAAUAGCCAAUCUCCAUAGAAGUUUUCCAAAGCUACAGGAUCCAAACUGUCUCCCCUCCUCCCCUCCCUCCCCACUCCCAGAAGGGGCAAGCCAUUCCGUGGGGUUAUACAUGGAUUACGGUGCAAAACAUUUCCACUUGGCUCAUGGUUGUAAGAGAAUAGGCACACAACAAAACCCCAAAUAAACAAGAGGAGAAUCUCUGAUGCGCAUUCUGCUGCCACAGCUCUUCCUCUGGAGGUGGAUGCCUUCUUUGUCCCAAGUCCCAGAACUGUCCUGGAUCAUGGCGGGGCUGAGAGCAGCAGAGGCUUUCAUGGUUGAUCAGGCCACAGUACUGCUGUUACUGUGCACAGUGUUCUCCUGGUUCUGCUUCUUUCACUCUGCAUCAGUUCAUGUUGGUCUUUCCGGCUCUCUCUGAAGUCGUCCCAUUCAUCCUUCCUUGCAGCUCACUCAUAUUCCAUCACCAGUGAGAUGGUAUUUGUAAGAAUGCUAUAGCUUUUCCCAGAAGUGACUAGUACUUUGGGGCUCUGCCCUGAAAUGCGUAGGCACUGGAGGGGCAGGCGGAAUUCUCCCCAGUGGUUAUCUCACCAAGCCAAUGGCUUCCCAGACCAGCAAAGAACCUCAGAGAAAAAGCGUGAUACCCCCUCUUACUGCCAUACCUGUUCCCAGGCUAUCACCCUACCAGGAUCCUGUUGCUCCGGAAUGCUGGGGGGGCGGCCUUCCCCCCACCAUUGAGUACCACCGACAAAUCCAAACAUUUCAAUGUGUAAAGAACAAGAAAAAAGAGUAUGCACGUAGAUAAUUUAAUAUAAUACAUUCGUGCACAUAUACCUAUGUGUAUAUUUGUAUACAUAUGAUAUGUGAGUGUAUAUACACACAUGCACAGUCAAAUGUAUGUUUAUAUAAUAUAUAACUAUAUACUUAAGUAUUUAAAAUGUGUAAACAUUUAUAUGCAUACAUAUAUGUAUAUCAAACACAAGUGUGUGUGAAUAUGUGUACAUAUAACACAUAAUAUAUUUUGUGCAUAUAUGGAUACAGAUGCACAGAUAUGGAUAGACAGAUAGACAUGUAAUAAAUUUAACAAAGAAGUGACAGAAUUGCUUCAUA